AGCUAGAUCGUCUACCUCCUCGGAGGCGGACAUGUUGGGUCCUGGCCAAAAAAGUUGGAAACAGCUGGAGCCACUACCGAGGCGCCUUGGUGCUGAAUUGGGGAAAUCUGUUGUAUAUCAAGAGACCAAUGGAGAAACAAGAGUUGAAAUAAAAGAAUCUGUUCGUGGCCAAGAUAUUUUCAUUAUACAGACAAUACCCAGAGAUGUGAAUACAGCUGUGAUGGAGUUGCUCAUCAUGGCUUACGCGCUGAAGACUGCCUGUGCCAGGAAUAUUAUUGGGGUCAUCCCCUACUUCCCCUACAGCAAGCAGAGCAAGAUGAGGAAGAGAGGUUCCAUUGUGUGCAAGCUGCUAGCAUCCAUGCUGGCAAAAGCAGGUUUAACUCACAUUAUCACUAUGGAUCUUCAUCAAAAGGAAAUACAAGGCUUUUUCAGCUUUCCCGUGGACAACCUUAGAGCCUCACCUUUCCUGCUUCAGUAUAUCCAGGAAGAAAUUCCAAAUUACAGAAAUGCAGUCAUUGUAGCUAAGUCUCCUGAUGCUGCAAAGAGGGCCCAGUCCUAUGCGGAGAGACUGCGUCUGGGUUUGGCUGUCAUCCACGGGGAAGCUCAGUGCACGGAACUGGACAUGGACGAUGGUCGUCACUCCCCACCUAUGGUCAAAAAUGCGACUGUGCACCCGGGCCUGGAGUUGCCGUUGAUGAUGGCCAAAGAGAAGCCACCGAUAACUGUAGUUGGAGAUGUUGGAGGCCGCAUCGCAAUCAUCGUGGAUGACAUUAUUGACGACGUGGAGAGUUUUGUUGCUGCCGCGGAGAUCCUGAAAGAGAGAGGCGCCUACAAGAUCUAUGUCAUGGCCACCCACGGCAUCCUGUCUGCAGAGGCCCCCCGCCUGAUUGAGGAAUCCUCCGUAGAUGAGGUGGUGGUGACGAAUACUGUCCCUCACGAGGUUCAGAAGCUGCAAUGUCCCAAGAUAAAGACUGUGGAUAUCAGUUUGAUUCUUUCUGAAGCCAUUCGGAGAAUCCACAACGGAGAGUCCAUGGCCUACCUUUUCCGAAACAUCACUGUGGAUGACUAACUUUCACGAGGGUCUGGACCCUGGACCUCCUGAGGGAAACAUGGAAAAAGCAGUGCCAUGAGUGAUACAGUGUUUCCUUGCAAGGGAGGACUGGAAACAGCCUGGAGUUAGAUAGUCUCUCCUGCCCGGAUUGAUGGGUAGGAGGGAUUGAAAGAGUCAGGAAGAAGACAGAGCUAAUGGAUAAAUGUCAUAACAUGGCUUUAUAUCUCUGCUGUCAUCAGCCCUGAUUCUUAAAAGUUCUAGCUGCUUUCCUGAAAAUAAUCUGAAAAUCUUACUGAUACUAAAGAGGAGUUAAAGGCACAUAAAGUCUUAACUCUAUAAUGUUCGUUUAGUUGUUUCAGCUCCAGGGAAAUGGAGGUAUUGAUGUUGAACCUGGUUAGGGAAGCUGAGCGCCUGUGGCUCUGUUACUAUCCAGUUGGCCUCUCCCAAAUCAACUUCAAGUCUUUUAUAGAGAAUCGUAUUUUUCUUUCAGAAAUUGUUAUGCCUACAGCCAUUGAAAAAUGAAGCAUUCAUGUUGUUACAUCUUCCAAGGAUGUCAGAUUAGAAAAUAGCAUCCCACCUCUGGAAAUCUGAGUGGCUCUGAAGUUGCAAAUAAAAGAAUUUGUUGUCUU